AUGCACCAAUACUACCUCCUUGCUCUCCUUCCCGCGGUCUUGGGCUGCCUUAACACCGAUACGAACGCCUGUGCCAGCUACAUCAAGUCCAACGCCGCCGCGUCGACCUUCUGCGCCACCUUCACCAAGAGCACCGUAACUGCCACCACCGCUCUACCCGCCUGGGCUACCAACUGCUCGCAGAAGCCGAGUCUAAUCUCCGCUGAGUGUACCUGCGCCUACAGUGGUGCUGGUGGUAGCUCGCCGACUACAACGUUGAAGACUACUACUGCCGCAGGAGGCUCUACGCCCACCGGAGUCACUACCACUCUACCCAAGUCCACUGGAGCUACUUCUACCAGCAAGGCCAUCACCGUCUCUGCUGGACAGUCUUAUGAUGGCGGCAUGAAGAAGUUUGACCGCAGCCCUAGGGUUUGCGCUGAGCAAGAUGAGACAGGUGAAGCUGAUGCUAUGUUCGUGCUUGAGGCUGGUGCCACCCUCUCGAACGUCAUUAUUGGGCCCGAUCAGGCAGAGGGUGUUCACUGCAAGGGAACAUGCACACUUAACAACGUUUGGUGGGAAGACGUUUGCGAAGAUGCUCUGACCUUGAAGCAGACCAGCGGAACCUCUUACGUCAACGGCGGUGGUGCCUUCAAGGCCGCGGACAAGAUCGUCCAAUUCAACGGCUUUGGAACUGUCUCAAUUAAGAACUUUUACGCUAAUGACUACGGAAAGGUCGUCCGAAGCUGUGGUAACUGCAGCGGUAAUGGAGGUGCACGCAACAUUGUCAUGAACAACGUGAUUGCAAAGGACGGUGGAGUCCUCUGCGGCAUCAACACCAACUACGGCGAUACCUGCAAGGUCACUAGCUGUUGCCAAGAUGACAACAAGAUCUGCGAUAGGUACACUGGAAAUAACAGUGGUGCCGAGCCUACUAAGAUUGGCAGUGGCCCUGACGGCACUUACUGCGUCGCCACAAGCUUCACCACGGCCUGUUGA